GUUGGGAGCCAUGUGGUAUACUUUCCAUAAGGUCAUAGUGAACAAGCGAAGUUUUUAAUAUGUUUCAACUCAAAAUAUUUUCAAGUUGGUUGAUAUUUCUGAGUGUAUUGAGGCACAGUUAUCCAAUCACAGGUCCUGAUGUGGAAGGGGAAGCAUUGAUUGAAUUUCUGAGGGCCCUCAAUGAUUCCAAUAAUCAAAUUAAAGAUUGGAAUAGUUUUUUUGUGAGCCCCUGCUACAGUUGGUCUAAUGUUGAUUGUAGCAACAAACAUGUUAUAUCUCUGAACUUGGCAUCAAAAGGAUUUUCUGGAACACUUUCUCCCUCAAUUGCCAAAUUGAAAUACUUGGUUAGCUUGUAUGUUGUUUCUGUCAUAGAUUCACAUUUUUUUAUGAGAUUUGAUAAUUCUGAUAUUGUACGAAUCCAAGAAUCAGAUUACCAUAACUUAUCUCAAGUACAUUUUCCUGUAUGCUAUAAAUGUUAUUGUUCAUAUAUAAAGUGUUCACCAAGUGUUUGA